GCAGUUUGUGGGCUGUGCUGUGAAGAGAGAUGGAGUUUGUUAGCUGUGCUGUGAGGAGAUGCCCAUAAGAAAUCACCAAGAAGGUUGGGACUCGGAGUACUGUGUCCUAGUCACAAAGAGAGGCAGAGACGCAGAGGGGACUGUCGGCUGGUGCAGGCAGAACCAAAAGAUAUUUAAUCAGCAAUUAGAAACACCUGAGGGCAAGGGAAAUUCUACUCCAGCCUCAAGCCUCAUCUCUCAGCCUGCAGCAUGACCCCUGCCUCAUUCACUGCAUGUGAUGGACCUGCUCUGAGGUAAAUCAGAGUUACACAGUGAAGGACACCAUCUGUAGGACCCCUGCCUCAUUUGUCAGGCUGCUCGGCAGAAUGGCCACGGAGGAGCGGCACCUCUCCUCCAGCUGUGGGUCCUUCAUCAAGACCGAGCCCUCAAGCCCAUCUUCCGGCAUUGACGCCAUCAGCCACCACAGCCCGAGCGGCUCCUCCGACGCCAGCGGUGGCUACGGGAUGGCCAUGGGGGGCCACCCCAAUGGCCUGGACUCGCCACCCAUGUUCAAUGGCACGGGCAUUGGCAGCGGGUCCUGCCGCAAGCGCUACGACGACUGCGCCAGCGCCAUCAUGGAGGACUCGCCCACCAAGUGCGAGUACAUGCUCAACGCCAUCCCCAAGCGGCUGUGCCUGGUGUGCGGGGACAUCGCCUCGGGGUACCACUACGGCGUGGCUUCCUGCGAGGCGUGUAAAGCCUUCUUCAAGAGGACUAUUCAAGGGAAUAUUGAGUACAGCUGCCCGGCCACCAAUGAGUGUGAGAUCACGAAACGGAGGCGCAAGUCCUGUCAGGCCUGUCGCUUCAUGAAAUGCCUCAAAGUGGGGAUGCUAAAAGAAGGUGUUCGUCUGGAUCGAGUCCGUGGAGGCCGUCAGAAAUACAAAAGGAGACUGGAUUCUGAGAGCAGCACUUACCUGAGCUUACAGAUCCCUCCCCCAGCUAAAAAGCCAUUGACUAAGAUCGUCUCCCACUUGCUGGUGGCUGAGCCAGAGAAGAUUUAUGCCAUGCCUGAUCCAACCAUGCCGGAGAGUGACAUCAAAGCCCUGACAACCCUCUGUGACCUGGCAGACAGGGAACUGGUGGUGAUCAUUGGCUGGGCAAAGCACAUCCCAGGGUUCUCCAACCUCUCCCUUGGAGACCAGAUGAGCCUUCUGCAGAGUGCCUGGAUGGAAAUUCUCAUCCUGGGCAUUGUGUACCGCUCCCUGCCAUACGAGGACAAGCUGGUCUAUGCUGAGGACUACAUAAUGGAUGAAGAGCACUCUCGUCUGACAGGGCUGCUGGAGCUCUACCUGGCCAUCCUACAGCUGGUGCGCCGCUAUAAGAAGCUCAAGGUGGAAAAGGAGGAGUUUGUCACACUCAAAGCUCUGGCCCUCGCCAACUCAGACUCCAUGCACAUAGAGGACAUGGAUGCAGUGCAGAAACUCCAGGACCUUCUCCACGAAGCCCUGCAGGACUACGAGCUGAGUCAGCGCAAUGAGGAGCCCCGGAGAGCAGGCAAGCUGCUCCUGACCUUGCCCCUCCUGCGGCAGACGGCCGCUAAAGCUGUGCAGCACUUCUACAGCAUCAAACUGCAGGGCAAGGUUCCCAUGCAUAAACUCUUCCUAGAAAUGCUAGAGGCAAAGGUCUGACAGUCCCAGCACCAGUCGACAGUGGCCGGGAACAAACUAGAAACAAAGACGCAGACAACGGAGCAAUCCAAACAGCAGCAGCAGCCACCGCCGGCUUUUAUCUCCAAUCAUUUAUUAUGGAAGAAUUAUUUAAUGUCUAUCUGUCGGCGUGACUGCAGAAUCUUGUGUACAGGAGGGGGGAAACUUUUAAUCAGUCACCUGUUUCUCUUUUUUUCGUUGUUUUCUCUGUGGGAAAUACCAGAUUAUGCUCUUGCACUUGUUGAGGCAUCGUGGGGGCUCAGCCCCUCUGAUCAGUGAUGCUCUCAGCGCUGUCCAGGCUGCCUGCUCCCCAGCACCCUCUGCCAGUUCUGGAGGGGAGUGGGGACAGAAGCAGGAAGAGAGGAAGAAUAGAGUCAAUAUAAACUUUAUCUGCAGGUGUUAUGAGGGGUCAGUUAGAAAGGGAUGCAGCCACGGUCCUUCUUUUUGUCACCUUUCUUCCUCUUACCAUAGAGUAGAUGCUCCUUUGGAGAACAAUGCUGCUGGACCUCUCCUGAACAAAAAGGCUGCCUCCCAGACUCCUCUAACACUUGUACAUACAGCCCCCACUUCUUACUGAGAAAGCUGCUCCUAACUGUGUAAGAUAUUCUGCGACCUUGUACAGUGUGUCAUUACGCCUGGCUAGUCCCUCCCGUGUACAAUCCCUGCAGGCCCCUGAAGAGGUAGGAUGUAUGUCCCUGAGAAAAUGCAAGUCUUUCCCAAAUGGCAAGAGAGCAGAGCCUGAUGUUAUACUUCAGUGCUGGGUUGACUUGAUAAUCUCUGCAUCCUCUCCUAUGUGGUGCUAACUACAAUUCUUCCACACUUUUCACCCCAUAGUGUAUCACACCUGCCUCUUCAGCUCAGCUGAGUGCCAUUCCCCACCUGUUCCUUGUGGCAGAGAACACAAGGCUUUGUCUGCAUGGUUACUGCCCAAGUAAAAAUACACCCCAAACCAGAUCUUUCCUAGACUUCAUUAGAGCUCUUUGGCUCCACAGAGACUAGGCUUAUUGCCAAAUUCUAGUUAGGAAUCAAGGGCACUGCUUUUCAGAGGAGGCAGCUCUAGAGCCUGAGAGAUUGCUUUAUUGUGGCCAGCUAGAGAAAUAAAUUAGAGGAUGGCAUGAAACCCCUGAUACUCCAACUACUGUCUUCCCCUGCCUCAUCCCAUUAUCCUCAACAGCAGGAAAAGAGCUAGCAUAGAUUAUACCUGGGGAUGGUAGGAGGUUCUCUUGCUGAUCAGAAAGCAAAUACCUGACCUUGGGGUGGUGGGAGAAGAACAGGGGGAGUGUUUAUUUACUCUUAUAUAACCAGGUUCCUACUGUCUCCAAGACCUGGUUUAGAUCUGCUGCCUAAGCCAUAACUGCUGCAUUCCCAGUCGCCAGAGGGGAAUGUAGGUGACUGACAAAACUGACUGUCGGUGUUCUCUGAAACUUUAUUUUCUAGGUCACUUAGUUUUAAGCCAUCCUGAGCUGACAAAACCUGAGUGUAUUCUCUUUUUUUGUGGUCAACAGCAUGGCACUUGUGGUGAGAAAAAACCUCUGAUCUACAUUUGAGACACCACUAACUCUACUGUGUCUGUUCUCCUCAAGCUUCCACCCCUUCCUAGCUUCCCCAGGAGAAGGGUAGUGUGUAAGAGGAGUAAAUUGCCCUCAGGAGGAAGUCUUCCAAACCAGGGUUGAGGUGUGUGAUCAGAAACACUGGGUGCUUGUUUUCUGCUGGAGCAGAAUGUGUCCCAGCAGGGCUGUCAAUACUGCAGACCCCUGCCCUGGCAGGCUCAGACACAGAGGGGCUGGCAUGUGACCUCUCAGCUCUCAUAGCCAGCCCACACCUUGAACUUAAGUUGUUAGUUCCUUUUCAUCUCCUUUGACUUCUUCUUAUGUUACACAGUGACUCGUUUUGUACUCACCUG